AUGGAAGAUAUUCUGGAAGAUCUUUGUGAAGGGGUCUUCAUAUACAUUGAUGAUGUCAUCCUGAGAUCUAUGACCGAGGAAGGGCAUGGUACUAUACUUACUGGAGAAAGUACUAAGCAGACUGAAAGAAAGAAAUGUCAGGGUUCGUCUGGAGAAGUACUAAUUUAUGAAGAUGAAG